AUGCCCCUCAUCGUCCACGGAUCCCCAUACUCCACAUGCGCGCAGCGCGUGUUCACCGCGCUUGCGGAGAAGGGCGUCGAGUACGAGCUGCGCGCCAUCAACUUCGCUGCCCAGGAGCACAAGCAGCCUGCUUUCCUGAAGAUGCAGCCGUUCGGCAAGGUCCCGGUGUUGGAGGACGACGGAUACCUGGUGUAUGAGAGCCGGGCCAUCUGCAAGUACAUUGCCAAGAAGUAUGCCGGACAGGGCACCGAGCUGAUGCCCGCCGACGGAGAUGUGAAGGCCUACGGGCUGUUUGAGCAGGCGUGCUCAGUCGAGAUAAGCUACUUUGACGGUCCUGCUUCGGGUCUUGCUUUUGAGAAGGCGUUCAAAGGGAUGCUGGGACUCGGCGAGCCAGAUGCGGAGCUUGUCAAGAAGCACGCUGCCGACCUCGAUGCGGCGUUGGCCGUCUAUGACGGCAUCCUGGCUAAGACGGCCUAUCUCGCGGGCGACAGCGUGACCUUGGCUGAUUUGUACCACCUCCCGUACGGAAAGAUGGCCAAGGGCGUCGGGUUUGCAGAUCUCUUUGCAAAGUACCCCAAUGUCACCAGAUGGUUCGACGCCUUGGAGGCGAGGGAGAGCUGGAAGAAGGUCACUGGGGCCUGA